CGGUUUCAUAAAGAUGUGAUAAAGACGUGGCCUAUUGUAAUAUAUUCUUUUCGAAUCCUUGCUUUAAAUUCGUCUAGAUUUAUUCAAUUUACUGUAACUUCAGUGAAUUAUGGCAGCCCUUUGUUCAGCUCUCAAAAACAAACGAUUUUAUCAAGCAAAGUUACUUAUCGAUAUGGCAAUCGAUGUGAACGCCAGAACUCCUGACAAGCGAACAGCACUAAUGGAAGUUUGUUUUCUCGAAGAGGAGACAAAAGCUGCUAAAAUAGCGAAGCUUUUGUUACAAAAUGGAGCGAAAGUUAGCUUGAGAGACAAGACAGGCAUGACUGCUCUCUCGUAUGCUUGUAAGUUUGGUCACGAGCAGCUGGUUGGAUUAAUGAUCAACGAAGCUCAUACAUUUGAUCUAAAUUCGCCAGACAACGAAGGAAACACUGCUUUACAUUACGCCGCUUCGUCAGGCAACUUCGUGGUAUUGAAUUUAUUGAUAAAAACGUUAAAUAAGUUUAAAUUGAGUGUUGAUAAAGUCAACAAGCGAGGAGAAACUCCUCUUAUCUGUGCUUCGAAAGCCGGACACUUUCUUUGCGCCAGAAUUCUGAUUUCCGAAGGAAAAGCGUCGAAGCAAGCAAGAGACAAAGUUUGUUUUAAAACUGCUGGUGAAUGGGAGCGAACGGAAGAGAGUAUACGAUCAGCUUCAAAGUCUCCACUCUUUAUGACUUUACAACUACAAAUGAGAGAGGAGUCGCCUCGGGGAUCGCUUGAUGUUGACGAAAACAUAGAACAAAAAACAAGACCUCACACUGCUCCAGUCACAGGAAAAUCUCAAAAAACUCACAGAGAUAAUCUGAGGAAGUUAUUUGAAUACUAUGAAGGGCAGCUUUCGGGUGCUUUUCGUCCUGGUAUUAAGCCGAAACCAGUGAUAGUAGAACCCGAAGCAAGCGAAGAUACAGCAUCGGAAAGCUCCGAUUUCUCAGAAACACUAGAUUUUUUCCCCAGUUCGGGAUUAGACCCAAGAUCGUUACUAAAUCGUCGAUUCAGCGUAGCCAGAACAACAAAUAAUAUCCUUAAUACAAAUAGUGCCUUUCGCCGAAGAUCUAUUGCAACAGCAGGAAUCUCAACGGGUCAGAACCGAAGACUUUCACUGGCGUCUUCGGGAGAUUCUCGGAGGGGUUCUCAGUCGUGGUCUCCCUCUCCGAAGAUUCGCCGAGGAUCGAUCAAUGUCAUAGCAAAGUUAAACAUGAGUCAUCAGCAACCAAAACAGAUUUCAACUCCGGGUAAAGCUAGAAGGGGCUCUUAUGAUAUAAGGAAUAAAGCACUUGAUAAUACAGGAAAUAGGACGCUGACAAAGAGAAAUCAGUCACCUGUUGUGAAUACAUUAAUGAGCAAGUUAAAGACUUUGGAUGAAGCGACCGACGAUGAAAAAGAAGAUGACGUUUUACAGAGAAGUUCGCCAGCAGCGCUAAAAAGCGUAACUUUACUAGAAUAACAAGUAAAUGUUCAAAAUAUACAAAAGUGUGAAAUCUUCAAAAAUAAAUCGGACAAAAAUAAUCAGAUAAAUCGGAUGAACAAGAAAAAUGUAUGUUAACCGAAGUUAAACGAUUUUUAUUGCACGCAUAAAAUAAAGUAUUUGGAAAAUCAAUAA